AUGAGCAAGAGAGGCAGGGAUGUGUGGGACAUGGAGCUUGGAGGCCUGGACACGGCCCGCCUGCUCAUGCUCCUCGCGCAGCAGCACCAGCAGCAUCAACACCAGCGCGCCGUCGCCGGGGCGGCGCAGGCGAUGGGCGGCGGGCGCGUGUUCGAGUGCAAGACGUGCAACCGGCAGUUCCCCACGUUCCAGGCGCUCGGAGGGCACCGCGCCAGCCACAAGCGACCCAGGCUUCAACAGCACCCGCAGAAGCCGCACGCGAUCGACAGCAUCGACGACGGCGCGGCGCUCUGCCUCGGCCGCCGGGCGCCCCAGGCGCCGCCGCUGCCGGCCAAGCCGAGGGCGCACGAGUGCCCCGUCUGCGGGCUCGAGUUCGCCGUCGGCCAGGCGCUGGGCGGGCACAUGCGCCGGCACCGCGUCGAGGCCGAGGCCGCCACCAACGCCCCUAGCGGCAAGGCGGCGGAGCCCGAGAUGGUGGUCGCCUCGUGCGACGCCGGCGGGAUCUGCCUGGACCUGAACCUGACGCCGUCGGAGAACUGCACCAAGUGCAGGAGCGCGGCGGGGCUCAGCGCCGCUGCCAGGCAGGGCGUACACAAGGCGCUCGCCAUGUUAGACUGCUCCCUCUGA